AUGAGUCAGCUGGAGGGGCAAGAGUACAGCUACAGAAGAGACUUAUCCCCAAACUCUCACAUUCCCUUACACCACACCCAUGGAAGUCCCAGGAUGACAGAUUCCUUCAAUCAUGGGAUGCACACAGAAUAUUCCAGGAUGGAGGAAUCCCUCAGGGCUGAAGACUAUGGCACUUACAGGUUUAUCCAUCCACUGACAUGUGAUCGGUUACCUUCAGUUUCUAAUCUAAGGUCCAGAUCUUAUCCUGAAUACUUGGUUGCUCAAUCUAGCCAUUAUCAACAUGUAGUGGGCCAGUCAUAUGGCUCCAUAAGUGGCCCAUGGCCAUCACAGGAAGCUUAUCAUUAUGGGAUGACAUCAGGAGAAAUCUGCCGUGCGGUGUCCAGCAUCAGCUCCGGUGGGCCUGAGGGUUACGGUCUGGAGGCCUAUUCAACACACCAAACGUUCAUACAUCAGAAUAUGAUGUGUAAUGUGAAUCGUGGAGGACAGGUCGUCAUGCUGAACCACUGCAGCCCAACUCAAAUGAAUUACACCGUGAUGGCCAAUCACAGCACAGAAUCUCUGCUUCACGCACCCGAACUGAACACCGAACACUGCUCACAUGAAGAUAAAGGAUGUAGAGUGGAGACGGUGUCCCAUGGAUCCCAUCAGACCCAACUACCAUCGACUGGUGUAACAUGUAACCUUCUACCAGGACCUUAUGCUUCACAGUUUCAUCAAACUCUUCGCCCCACAUAUUUUGAGACUGUAGGACAGACAGAAGGAAGCAAGUGUGUGAACAUGGAAAAAUCAAAGCGACCCUGCAACUGCACAAAAUCUCAGUGCCUGAAGCUUUACUGUGAAUGUUUUGCCAACGGUGAGAUCUGCAAAAACUGCAAAUGUGUCAACUGCUUUAAUAACACAGACCAUGAGUCAGAGAGGUGUCAGGCUAUAAAGGCCUGUUUGGACAGGAAUCCAGGGGCCUUCCGACCCAAAAUUGGAAGCAGGAAAUCUGGGAAUGUGAAGAGCCGUCAUGCUAAAGGUUGUAACUGCAAGAGGUCGGGCUGCUUGAAGAACUACUGCGAGUGUUAUGAGGCCAAUAUCAUGUGUACAUCCACCUGUAAAUGUGUGGGCUGUCGAAACUAUGAAGAAAGUCCUAAGAAAAAGAUCCGGGACGUCCCUGACUUCAUCAUUUACUACCCAACCAGGUCUCCUCUGGCGGGCAUCACGCCCGAAGUGGUGGAAGCCACAUGCAGCUGUCUCCUUACUCGGGCUGAAGAAGCAGAGAAGGAAGGGUACAUAUUGCUUCACGCUGAGAAAAUGAUUUUGGAGGAGUUCGGCCAGUGUAUGACGCAAAUUGUCCAAUCGAUAUUCAAAUCCGCCAAUGCGCAGUUAAGUUCGCAGGCGUAG